GUGGUUGGACUGGCGUGCCUUGGGCGGUGAGAGGCUGAAAGAUACUGUCUUCGACGUGCUGCGCUCCGUGGGGAGCUCCCCACCGGUAAACGCGGCGCUGCUGGAGCUGCACUUCGGACACAAAGCGGAGCUGGCCAAGUGUGCUCCUGCUGUGCCAGAGGAGAUUGAGAUCCUGUCUCAACGACGAGCCCAGAACAUGCUCAUCGCCUUCAGGCGCCAGCCGCUCACGACGGAGUUUCUGAAGGCUGUGGAAGACAUCGACUUUGCCACCCUCAGCACUGAAACGGUGGAGGUCUUGCUGAGCGCCAUGCCCACUGAGGAGGAGGCGAAGCAGUUGCUGGGCUACCGGGGUGACCCAGCACAGCUGCGGCGCCUUGAGCAGGAGCUGCUGCCCUUCAGCGUGUUGAGCCCAUCGGCGCAGCAGCGGCUGCAGCUGGGGCUGCUGCAGCGAGAGCUCCAGGGCCGCGCCGAGGAGCUCCAUCGUGGCUUCCAGGUGUGGCGUCGAGGCACCACGGCGGUGUUGAAGAGCCGUGCCUUGAGCGAAACCCUUCGACAUUUGCUGUCCUUGGGGAACACGCUGAACGGUGGGAAGGUCGAGGGCUUCUCUUUGGAGGUAUUGCCUCGCUUGGGGUUGAGCAAAGCCACUGGUGACCAACGGAUCACUUUGCAGCCUGGAAUGAGAUGGAGCGGAAGGAGGGUGGUCUUGAAGGUCUUUGAUCCGGAUCUGACUCUGAUUCGUGAGUGACCCACAUGUGGAGAAUGCAAAUCUCAGGACUAUGAUAGUUUCUGUGAUAUUACCACUUGGUGAACACCAAGCCUUGUGACAAGCGAAACUAGACCUCAUGG